GACACAUCUUACACCUUUACGAUUGUUUUGGAGGCUGAUUCAAAAUGGAGUAGAGUGUCGUGUUCUUGUGAGUUCUUUCUUCAAUUAAACACCGCAGUUUUGUAUAAAUCUUAGUGUAGGCAGGAAGAAAGCUUAAGUAUAACCAUGUCUGAAGAAAAGAAGUCCGGUUCUAUGGGUUUCUUUUCGAGCUACGAUGAUCUAAGCGACAGCAGCAACGACAGCGACUCAGACGAGGAGGAGGGAGACAGCAGAAAGAAGAGCAGCCAGAAGUUGGAUAAGGAUGCUUCAGGGAGCACAGCACCGCCCCCACAGCAAGGGACUAAAAGGUCUUCCAGUGGCGCCCCUUUACCCAAACCGGACGAGCUGUUCGGGACAGUAUCCAGGCCUGCGUUUCUGUACAAUCCGCUCAAUAAGGAGAUAGACUGGGAUAGUCUCGUGGUCAAAGCCCCUGAAGAGAAAUCGAGACUCAUCACACCAGGCAACAUUUUUCCAGUCCUCAACUGCCCAAUUUUGACUCCUAAAGAGUUCGCACCAUGGAAGACCAAUGCAGUCCCCCCUCCUCAGAGCUACAGUGCUGCCCCAGAGCCAGUGAAGAAGAAAGGGCCUCCUCCAGGGAUGGACAUGGCCAUAAAAUGGUCCAAUGUGUACGAGGACAAUGGGGCUGAUGCACCUGCGCACUCCGGCAAAGCACGUUUUCUCCCUCCUGAGGAGCAGCUGUCUGAGUCAGAUGAAGAGUCAGAGAAGUCUGAAACCUCUGCUAAAAAGAAACGUGUGGAGACAUUUCAGCAGAAGGAGAAAAGGAAGAGGGACCUGGGACAGGCCACGUCUGAGAAGACAUUUGUAGAGGAGGAGAAAAGGAUCCUAAGGCAAAACGCUGAGUAACUGAAACUUUGGAAAACAAACUCUAUGCUGGGCUAUUUAUGAAAAGCCAGUACUUUCAAAGAUUUCUUUACCAAGGUCUACUUUGCCAUACUGUGUUUGUUAAUGUUUCAGUACAAUUACAAAAAAAAAAAAAACAAUUUUAUUUCCCUAUUUAGGUGCAAUUAAGCUAUAAUUAUAUCGAUUUUACAGUGUAAACUGUUUAAGUAUGUGACAUGUGUUCAAUGGUUUUCAUAGAUGUUUGCUAUUUGUGGUUUGCAUAAGUUCAGUCAAGUUAAAAAAUAUGCCAGGACUUAAUUUAAUUGAAAAAAGCACUGUGUAAAACCUUUAAAGACGUUUCGCUUCCUGCAUGGUGUGAGCACUAGAUGUCGCUGUUUCACAACAAACCCCUUCAUAUUUUUUGUGCUUCACAACUAUUGUGUGUGGAGGCCAAUCAUGCCACUAUGUUAGUACUUGGUUUGUAAAGUCUGAGUCUGUAUUUUAGACAUUGUAAUCUUGUAAUUCUUUGACACACUCUGCAAUAUAAAACAUCUUUCUGACACAAAGUAGGUGCUGCUGAGAUGCAAAGCACAACACAGGAACCACAGUGGUUUAUAAUUUUAUAACAGUGGUUUAUAUCUUUCAUUGUCAUUUCAGCGGAAUCUGUAUUUUUACUAUAAUUUCUGAACUGUGACCCAAAAGCAAUAAAAUAUUUUAUUGUACAUUGA